ACCCCGCCUCCUUUUAGCCCUAACAUCUGUUCCCGUGGCAACAGACAACAAACAUUUCCACAUUUUGAACGGAUGUCGCGAAGCUGUCAAGUUUAUUAGUAAGCUAGCGACAUUUAGAUAUAACAAAACAUUUAGCUCGUAUUAUUAGUCUUUGGAGCUUGUUAACAAUCAACUAGAAACGUUAGCGUUUAGAUAGCUAAAACGUUAAUUCAUUCUCAUUUGCCCUGGACACCAAUAACCGAGGACCAUGAGACUGGCAUCCAGCUCCACGAGUUCAAGGAGCAGCUCGGACACCCGCCGGUACCGCAUGCGAGCCCCAACCUCUCAGGUGGAUGAAACCCUGUUUGGGAGCCCAAAACCGAUAUCAUCACAGUUAGACAAACGUGGAAACUCAGCCUCCAAGGCCAAGAAUCCGUCCCAAAAGAACCAAGGAGAGACUCUUGUUCAAAUCGUUACCAAGGACCUCAUUCGCAAUCUCAGGAUCCCAUUUAAGGAUCCUUCAGGAGAGUCCAUUAUUCUACCAUCAGCUGAGUUUGAGCGGAUCGCCUCAACGUCCCGGGUUGUCACCAAGGAGGAGAGGGAGGCCCUGAGGGAGGCUUAUCACAGAAAGAAAGAAGAGGAAAUUAAAGCUGCAGAGGAAAGAAAGCGUCAAAUCUAUGAGGCAGACUUGUCCCGUAAGGAGAACCAGGCACUGACAGAGCUGGAGCGCGAGGCCCGGGACCGUGCUCAGCGCUUAGUGGAGCGGGCCAACGCCUUAAGGAUGGAGCAAGAGGAUGAGAUCAAAAAGCUCAACAACUUGAUUAUGGGUGCUCAGUGUCAAGCCACUCGUGACACCCAGAUCCAGGAGAAGAAACAGAUCCAGGCAGAGUUGACAGAGGAGGAGAAGCGUCUGGAUGCCAUGAUGGAAGUGGAGCGCCGCAAGGCCUUGGAGACUGUGGAGCAGAUUGAUGAGCUGCGCAAACAGCAGAGGAUCAGGGGAAUGCAGAAAAUCUACGACCAGAUCCGGCAACAUUUGGAGGAGAAGCAAGUGCAAGAAGUGAUGAAAGAGCUGGAGAGACAGCAGAUACGAGAGAACCAAGAGAAAAUGAACUUGGAAGACCUGAAGGCCCUAGAGAAGAAGAGGGAUGAGCAGCAGCGUCUGCUGGAAGAGAUCAAGUGUAUCAAUAGCGAGACUUUGCGGGCCAAGGAGCAGCGGAGAGAGGAGGAGAAACUGGCUGACAUGAGAGAUUUGGAAUACAUACGAAAGAAAAUGGAGCGAGAGGCAGAAUAUGAAGCAGAGCAGAGACGAAUCAAGAAAGAGAAGGAGUUGGAGAUUGCCAGGCUGAGGGCCCGUCAAGAAAAAGAAAAAGACUACAAGGCAGAGCAGGAUGAGCUCCGUGCCCGGAGGAACCAAGAAAUCGCAGACAGAGAAUGGAGGAGAAAACAGAAAGAGCUUGGUGAAAAGAAAGCGAAGGAGGAAGCGAUGCUGAGGGCGGCUCGCUUGGAGCAGGUUCACGGCAAAGAGCACUUCCUGUCGAUUGAGGCAGGCCGGGAGAAGGCAGAGUUUGAGAGACUGCUGAAGGUGCAACAGGAAGCAAUCAUCAAACAGAAGGAGGAGGAGGAGAGGCAGCGUCAGAAAGCACACCGUCACGCAGAGGUAAUCCGAAAUCAGGUGAAGGAGCGUGAACUCUCAGCCGUAGCUAAGCGCAGAGAGAUCUUCAAGGAGGCCGAUCGGUUGAUCGAGGAUGCCCGGCAGAGGCGUGUGCGCCUCGAUGAAAUCAAAGAGAAGAAGCUGAAGGAGCUCAAGGCUACAGGGCUCUCUGAACAGUACUGCAGUGAAGUGGAAAGGAAGGCCCGGGCCUGUGCACUCUAAUUCACUCACAACUGGAUUCAAAUGGUGCGAAGGCAUCACAUUUUCUGUGGUCUCAUUUAAGCAGAAAGAACACGUUUCAAGUACUAAUGUAAUUUGAACAUAUAUAAGAAUGUACCAAUAAAGGUUUCUACUGCACUUUAA